AUGGCCGGAUCAGCUCCCAACCUUUACAGUUUCCUCAGCGCCGACGCUCUGGCCCAGCAAUUGAGGCCCUACGUCCUGCGGUGUCAGAACUCGGCCCUCAGUCGUCACAGUACAUUCCGCGUCGCAGUUUCUGGUGGCUCUCUCCCCAAGGUCCUGGCUCAGGCUCUUCUGGCCCCUGGAGAUGGUUCCCCCGAAGACACCGCUCAAUUCUCCAAAUGGGACAUCUUCUUCGCCGAUGAGCGCGCCGUGCCCCUCGAUCACGAAGACAGCAACUACCGACUGCUGAAGGAAGAACUACUCAACAAGAUCCCGUCGGAGCUGGGUGCUCCGACCGUGCAUACUAUCGAUGCCGAUCACGUCAACGAUGAGGACCCCCAAGAGUUGGCCGAUUUGUACCAGGAAGAGCUGAUGCGCUCCUUUGCCGCCAAGGAUAGCGUCAAGCUGCCCGUGUUCGAUCUCAUCCUCCUGGGUUGCGGUCCCGACGGUCACACUUGCAGUCUCUUCCCCGGACACGAGCUGCUGCGGGAGAAGGAUGCUUGGGUGGCCGCCAUCAGCGACUCUCCUAAGCCACCCCCGAAGCGCAUUACCCUGACUUUGCCCGUGGUGACGCACGCCCUUAACAUCGCUUUUAUUGCUACCGGCGGGGGAAAGAAGGAUAUUAUGAAACAAAUCUUCGAUGCCGAAGAAGGAAGAAGCCUGCCAUCGUCUCUUGUCAACCAGGGUGCGGGCGACAAGGUGAGCUGGUUCACCGACAAUGCAGCCAUCGAGGGCGUUACGUUCCCCCGACGUGGAAGCCUGUGA